AUGAAAAUACAAAGAAGAAAUAACAAUGCAGAUGAAAAGAAAGACAGACUUAGUGAUUUAUCCGAUUGUGUUUUGCUUCACAUAUUGUCCAUUUUGAACAUCAAGGAAGCCGUUCAAACUUGCAUUCUCUCCACGAGAUGGAAGAAUCUCUGGAAGCAACUUUCCAUUCUUUCAUUGAAUUCUAGCCAAUUCAAAACUCUUGGAUGUUUCAACAAAUUUGUGUCUCGGCUUUUGUCUCUACGGGACAAGAGAACCGUGGUGCAAGCUCUCAAUUUUAACAGUCAAGGUAUCAUGCAGUCUAGUUUACUCAAUAGAAUUUUCAAAUACGCAGUUUCACAUCAUAUCCAACAAUUAAAUAUAUCUGCCGCUUGUUAUAUUGAACACUUUUCACUUUGUUACCUUUCGUCGCUUUCAUGUCACACUUUAAUGUCUCUUAACCUUUCUGCAAACAAUGUUAUUGAUCGUCAACGACCAAUAUUUCCCAAUUCUCUGUAUUUGCCGGCGCUAACCAGCUUGUGUCUAAAGGGCUUUGCCUUUUGUGGGUGUGGCAGUGGUAAUGAUGGCCGUGCAGAGCCCUUUUCGACAUUUAACAACUUGAAUACUUUGACCAUUUACUCAUUCGAAAUUCUUGAUGAACAACUCUUCGUAUCAAAUGUCACACUUGUUAAUUUAACAAUAAAAUCAUUUGAUGAUGACUAUUGCAAACUCGAGUUAUAUACUCCAAGUCUUUGUAACUUUGAUUUUAAGGGCAAACCUGUUCAAAAACUCGGUGGGAGCAAUAGAAAUCUCUCUUCUAUCAAACAUGUAAGUAUUGAUAUACCAAUGUGGUCAAUUGAUGAAAAUUAUCCUGCGGUUCUACUCAAUUGGCUGACUGAGCUCGUUAAUAUGGAGUCAUUGACGGUCUCUUUGUAUAUUCUUCAGGUACUUUGCUCAAUUCUCGACUCAGUUAUAGGGAAGGUCGAUUUCCCUUACUUAUGUAACUUGAAGUCACUGAAAGUAAAAACAUUGAACCCUACAUGGAUACCUGGUGGAGUUGUAAACUCUUUGCUUCAGAACACACCAUCAGCAGAGUAUAAAAUCAUAGAUUUGUCAAGGUAA